AUGUACGAAACCCACAAUCCGGGCUUCUGCUACCAUUGCACGGGUGCCUUAAGGGAAUGCGGACCAGUGGUCAAAGAAAAGACGCCCAGAGAUUCCUACGGGUUCGUGCGCUCGGUAAUCUUCACUAACGACGAGGUCGAUCCCCAUAAACUUCUUUGCCUGCAUCUGUUGACCGCUCACAGCACGAAAUGGAGCAACAACGACAGCUCCGCCGUCAGGCCUGUGACACCUUUAUUGGAAAAAGCUAAAAAGAGACACUUCACCGGCGCGUGGAACAAUUUUCUGACAUGCUACGUGUUAGACGCGGAAGAUGCUUCAGCUGACGCGACGAUUAAAAAUGUGAAGCUGCACGAGGAUCCGCGGAAUAAAAUUUUGGAAGACCAAACUAUCCAGGACUUGGAGAAGAAGUGUAGACAGUACAUGGACAACAACGAUGAUCUCGGUAGGGUGUUGUCGAGCAAUGUUAAAAAUACUAAGAUCGUCCAGCAGGGACUCGAAAAGAUGCCCACCAUCUCGCCACACGUGUAUUCUUUACUGGGUCCUUCCCAUGAGCUGAGAAUCAAACAGGCCCUAGCCGAAGGUAUGCCCAGGAGGAAGCUAGCUCGUUCCAGCAUGGAGCUAAGCGCUGAGGACAGAAAUAGUUAUUCGUUUCAUCUGAAUGAUGACGACGAAGAUGACGACGCGUUCAGCGGAGCAACCACCAAUGAGUCUAAUAGAAACUGGGUCACAAGGUCCACGCGUAGCCCCUCGAAGCGGUCCACGAUCGGAUCGAUCAGGCUGGAUCACGGGAUCACCAUGCUGAAAUCGAAAAGAGGCAGAUCGGACGACUCCUCGGUGUACAGGUCAAAGAACCAUGACGCUAAUAAAGACAUUAUCAGUAUAAAGUCCAGCUUCAGGGUCAUGAAGGAUGUUUCAUCGAGGACUUCUAGCGUCAAAUCCCCGUUACGCGGUGUACUCGGCAACCGACUGUCGUCGAGUUCCUUUCUCUCGGUGUCGAUGAAUCCCGACGCAGCGAACCCGUUCAGAAAGCGCGUCUACUUGAUCACGCCGAGGAACGGAUGGGCCGGAGGACGAAACGAUGAUCGGAGAGUCGUGCCGAUCCUCGUGAAUUAUCAGGUUCAGGCAUUGGUGCAGGCCGUGCUUGAUGUAUUGAGCCGUGUGAAUCCCGAGAAAUCGAGGAUGAUAAUCGAGGCGGCGGGAGACACGAACGAAAUAAGGAAGAUGCUGUUGCGCAGCGAGAUGCAAAGCUUCGUGCGAUCGUUGGCAGGCCAAUCGCUGAUGUCAUCUCCGGAAAGCUAUGUGGUCUCGGUAGCGACGGUGAUGGACGAAAUAGACGUUCGAUUCGCGGGUAUCCCUCGAAAGGAAAUAGUCGCUUUGACUCUGGAAAUGCCGCCGGCUCCAUGCUUGGAGGCACUAAUCGCCGAGAUACGAGACAACAUAUUCCACGACACUGCGAGGAAUACUGCUCGGCUAGAUGAGAAUACCAGGGAAAUCUCUUCUGUCCCCGAUGAACAAAAAGCUGCAAAGGAGAGCAUCGCAAAAAACGCGUCGAACACGAUGCAGGCGGUCGGCAAACGGGAGGAAAUGUGCGGGGAAUGCAAUACAAAUUUGCUCGGCACGAAGCGAAACAAGAAUGACCGCGCGAGGAAGUUUGGCGACGUUGGGAAACGAACGGAACGUAUGAAUAAUAAAAGAGGAGAGUCCUCGAAGGAAAACAGAACGGCGGAGCUCGAGAGGAAUUUUAGUAUUACGGGAACGGGGGAAAAGUCCAGCGGAUACGGUUCCAGGGAAAUAAAGUCUGGGCGCAGCCUGUGGGCAGGCUCGUUGACGAAGACCGACGAGCAUCGGUUAUCUUCAGGAAACGUUCACGCGAAACGUACGCCGAAUGCCAAAAGUUGGAAAGCUGCCCAGGAUCUUGGUCAUUUAGACGCGGAUCAUGUAAUAUUGCGAAGAAUGACGAACACUCAAAGAAUUUUAGUCGGACAGAUGUGUGCUUCUCUUAAGAGCAAAAGAAUAAAUAAACAAGGUUUAAUCAACGAAAAUGUACCACUGGCCGCAUUAAUUGCCCCGGUCCUUUCGCGAAACAGCAUUAAAUUUUUAACGCGCGGCACCGUGUACUCGAAGACGAGCAACAUAAUUAAACAACAAGAAGAAAUGGAAGAAAAUGUUGCGGUGCCAGAUAAAAUAACUGGUCCCUUGCUCGCUAAGAUACGUCAAGAAGUCGCGGAAAAUGAAACGAAACGACGCUUGAAACUUUUCCUGAAAGAGAAUGAGAAGAAAUGUCUGAAUAAUCAGUAACUUCAAAUUUAAGGAAUUGUCGGCUACCUUACCGAUCCAGAAAUAAAAGACUUCUUACAGCGCCAUCCAUGAUCUCCACAGAUAAACGCCGUGAACUUUUCAGGUCCAAGACUGUUUUACCAACCUAAACAAUUAACUUUAUUAUAGCAUCUAUCUAAGAGACAAAAUAAACUGGAAAUUCAAUGUAUAUACUGUAUGUAAAAAUAUGUUCUUUGAACAAUGUUGAGUACCAUCUUUGACAAUGCAAGAACUUACUAACAAUCGGUAAAGAUUGUAUUUACAUAUAUGUGGGUGUUAUAGAUAGAGCGUGCAAGAAUUUAUUAUACUCCCUGAACAAAGUACGGUGCAUGUAAUAAAAUUAGAAA